CUAAAAGGAAGGAGGGGUGGAGCCUAUGCAGUGUGGGUAAUAGGUUACUGUUUGACCCCUCUGUCUUCACYGACACUCAUCAUGAGUUAGCGAGCACUGAAGAUCACCACCUUCUCAUUCCUCAACAUCUGGAUCAUCACUCUUCCUGCUUCAUGAGCCAGCAAGAAGCGGCUGAGGUCCUCGCACUCUCYGAGCGCCUUCUCACGGCUUCUCAUAAGGGUCAAGCCGAAUGUGUGGUCCAGCUCAUCAACAAAGGUGCAAAAGUAGCUGUCACCAAGUAUGGCAGAAGUCCWCUGCACCUGGCUGCCUACAAAGGCCACACUGAGGUUGUGCGUAUCCUGCUGAGAGCUGGCUGCAGCCUGGACCUCCAGGAUGAUGGGGGACAGACAGCGUUGCACCGAGCUGCUGUGGUGGGACAUAAUAACAUCAUCAACGCUCUGAUCCAAGAAGGAUGUGCGCUGGACAGACAGGAUAAGGCGGGGAACACAGCUCUCCACCUGGCAUGCCAAAAUGGUCACACUCAGAGUGUCAAGGUUCUGCUCCUGGGAGGCUCUCGACCUGACAGCAAGAACCAUGUGGGUGACACAUGUCUGCAUGUAGCAGCUCGCUACAACCAUGUGACCGUGGUUCAGGUCUUACUUAGAACCUUCUGCUCAGUAUCAGAGAAGAACAUGGACAGUGUAUCGGCUGCAGACAAUGGUCAGAGCAGCGACUGGUCCGGGUCCAGGACCAGGAGACAGAAGACCAGGCGGCAGAGAAAAAAGCCCUCUUUGUCCCACCGUCUACGUCGCAGAGAGACCAGGACCAGGGAGACCAGGACCAGAGAUACCAGAACCAGGGAGGUCCUUCACAAAAGGAGAAGUAAAGUAUCAGGGUCCUUCCCUUAUCCCACCGUUCCUCCUCACAGCUACAAAGCCUACCARCUCUACACGCUCUACAGAGGCAAAGAUGGCAAGAUCAUGCAGGCGCCGCUGAGCGGCUGCCGCUGUGAUCCACUCAUCAGUAAACUGAAGAACCAGCUGGAGGCCACCAAGGAGGAGAUAAAGACCGAGAUCCGCACCGUGCACGACCUGAUGAACAGCAAGAUAGGCCUGCUGGACCGCAAGAACAGGCAGCAGGUCAGAGUUCUUAAUAAGAUGAUGAAGGAAAGAGUUUCGGCAGAGAAGAGCGAGUGUCUGCAGAGGAUCGAACAACGAGCCCGACAGGAGCGGCUGGAGGCCGAGGACAGACAG